GAGCAUUGAGGGGCGGGUCACAGGUUGGAGAUCCGGAUCCGGAGCGGCUGAAAGGCGGAAGUGGAGGCCCGAGCCUGGGACACAGCCGGGGGGAGAGGAUCGGAACCUGUCCGAGCCCGGGCCCUAAGUAACGCCGCCGCCCCGGAGCCGCCUUGGAGGCCCCCUCCCCACUAAGUGCCUCUGCGUAGCGCCGGCCCCACCCCACGCUCACUGGUACCUCGACAGCGGGAAGGGCCAUGGCGGGUCGGGGAGGUGCAGCGAGACCCAAUGGACCAGCAUCAGGGAACAAGAUCUGUCAGUUUAAGCUGGUCCUGCUGGGGGAGUCUGCGGUGGGCAAGUCCAGCCUCGUCCUCCGCUUUGUCAAGGGCCAGUUUCAUGAGUACCAGGAGAGCACAAUUGGAGCGGCCUUCCUCACACAGACCGUCUGCUUGGACGACACAACAGUCAAGUUUGAGAUCUGGGACACAGCUGGACAGGAGCGAUAUCACAGUCUGGCCCCCAUGUACUAUCGGGGGGCCCAGGCUGCCAUCGUGGUCUAUGACAUCACCAACACAGAUACAUUUGCACGGGCCAAGAAUUGGGUGAAGGAGUUACAGAGGCAGGCCAGCCCCAACAUCGUCAUCGCACUCGCGGGUAACAAGGCGGACUUGGCCAGCAAGAGAGCCGUGGAAUUCCAGGAAGCACAAGCCUAUGCAGAUGACAAUAGUUUGCUGUUCAUGGAGACAUCAGCAAAGACCGCAAUGAACGUGAAUGAAAUUUUCAUGGCAAUAGCGAAGAAGCUUCCCAAGAAUGAGCCCCAGAACGCAGCUGGUGCUCCCGGCCGGAACCGAGGUGUGGAUCUGCAGGAGAACAGCCCAGCCAGCCGGAGCCAGUGCUGCGGCAACUGAGCCCUCCCCGCCCGCGCCGCCUUCUCCGCCCACAGCGCGCCCGAGCUAGCGAGCCAGCGAGCGACUGGAACCCACUCUAACCAAUCGUACUUAACGACUCGGGCCACCGCCAGGGGUGGGGGUGCAGGGGGAGCGGUCCACCAUGAUUUCUUCACAUAAUUUUGCUCAUAGGGUGGAGUAAUUAUUCCACCUGCACCUUUCUGUACAAUACUAAUUCAAUUUUAAGUCUUAAGUCACUUUUUUAAUAUAUAUGAUCUGCUCUUCCCACUUCCUGCCCUUUCUACUGCUCUCCCACUCUUCCUUUGCUGGUAGUGUGCCCCCAUCCUUGAGUCUUGGAAGGGUAGAGCAGUUACCCUUCCUUUCCGCUCGCUGGUUAGCGAUCAGCAAGAGCAUCUUAUCCUGACUGUAUUUGGAGUGGGCUUGGUUUUGACAGUGGGGCAGGCCUUAGGGGUUCUGGAAGGGAGAGCUUUUCUUCAGCUGACCGUCACCAGGCUGCAGACCCCAAACCCCCAGCCCUGACUCACAGCUGAAGAGAAACCACAGCAUCACCACAGCAUUAUCGUGACAGCCAUGAACUCAUCGCCCACAACCCGCCCCUGCCCCCUCACCCUAGGUCACCCUGACCUCUGGCUCUGAGCCCUGUUCUGACCAAAUCACGAUGAGAAGUAUUUGGGGAGGGGUGGGUGAGGGGGGAUCGGGAGGGGUGGAACCAACUUUUUCUGUAUUUUGUAUUGUAUGUUUUCUUCAACAUGUAACCAAUCAGUAUCUUGUCAAUAUAGUCAGCCGAUCGAUCGACCUCUA